AUGGCAACAGUCUCAGUGAACGUCCCUCCGGAGAUCUGUCCCGAGGUCCCCGCAUUCACUCUAUGGUCUGAGCUCGUGGAGCAGCAGGAGCGUGGUGAGUCAUUCAUUCAGAGGUUCCUCCGCGGGAAGUACAGUACCCUCGAGGUGAAGACACUUGCUACCAAUUGGAGCUUGGAGGCGCUUGUGUGUCAGUUUGCAGUUCCAGGUGAAGACCAAGCAGCAAGAGAAAUCCGAAACGCAAACCGCGAGGUAUAUCUCCAAGGUAUCGAAGACCUCGAGCAGCUAUGGGAGCGUGAGUAUGCUCACGCUUUCAAGUCUGCUGUUAAGUCUGCUACUGGUGCCCGCGGUCUAGACAAGAAGCGGCUGGAGCGCGCUCGCGAACACUACCUGGCGAUGAAAGGCGCGCCCCCAAUCUUUGACAUUGACCCACCCAAUGGUGAUCAGUACUGGGUGUCAGCACGCGAGUGCCAACAGGAGAAGCUGGUCCCGUUCAUGAACCGGGCCAAGGUUGAUCGUCUGAGGACGUACGAGGGGUACUUCACAAAAGACAUGGUCGCAUCUCAUUACAACACUAUCAUGAACAUCGUGGACAUUCGGUAA